GGGGUCAUUCUGCUCACCGAGCCUACACCGGCUGCCGAGGCUUGACUUUGUCCCUCACCGGACUACCGAGCUUUAGUGGAGCACCCGCUGUAAGCUCUCACAUCGACACCGUCCUAUUUGACCUCCUUUGACAUCCAUCCCUCAACUGCAACGCAUGUGAUUUGGUUUAUACUUCUUCAAAGACAAACAUCAUCAUGAAGAUCUCAGGCCAUACUUUCAUCAUCUCUGGCGGCGCCUCUGGUCUGGGACAGGCCUGCGUGGAGGACAUAUGCAACAAUGGAGGUAACGUCGCUAUUCUGGACAUGAAUGAGGAUAGCGGCAAUGAGCUGGUGUCCAAGCUGGGCUCAUCUGCAAAGUUCUUUGUUUGCGAUGUCCUGGACACCAAGAGCAUCGAAGCCGCCGUCCAGGGAACCGCCGCCUGGGUGAAGGAAUCCGGAAAGCCUGUAGGCGGCGUCAUCCCAGCAGCCGGUGUUGGAAACCCGUCAUCUAUUCUCGACCGCCAUGGCGAGCCAUUCGGCCUGGACGCUUGGGAUUUCGUCCUCAACAUCAACCUGCGCGGCACCAUCGAUCUAACCCGCCAAGCACUCGCUCUCAUGGCAAAAAACGAACCCUCUAAGCCCGACGGCGAGCGCGGCAUCGUCAUCAUGGUCGCGUCUUCUGCUGCCUUUGAUGGCCAAAAGGGCCAGGUUGCCUAUGCCGCGAGUAAAGGUGCCGUCGCGGCCAUGACGCUUCCCAUGACCCGUGAUCUUGCCCGCUUCGGCAUCCGCGUUGUCACCAUCGCCCCAAGUCUAUUCGAGUCACGGAUGACUUCCAUGAUGUCCGACAAGGUCCGCGCCAGUCUCGAGCGUUCUAUGGAGUUUCCCGUACGUGCGGGUAAACCUGAGGAAUUCGCGGCACUAGCCCGGCAUGCUAUUGAGAAUGUCAUGCUUAACGGAACGGUGUUGAGGUUGGAUGGUGGCAUGCGGAUGCCGAGUAAGAUGUAGUCGAGUGCCAUUUAAUCAAGACAACCGUACAUGUUCGUGCACAACAUGACAGUUGGUGAACAUCACUUUGAAGUCGGCUCACUACCUUGUCUACU